UUAAUUUACACAAUGUCAAUCAGCAAAUAGGGAAGAACAAACAUUUUUAUAUAAUGUCUAGUUUAUUUAAUUUAAAACCUCCUCUUCAAUCAAAACCACUAUCGAGACACCCUUGGGCAAACACUAUAAAAGAUAUUCUUUCACAUAGGAUUAAGCAUGCCCACAACUCUGCAAGAAAUCCGAAGUAUCCAAAGCUAAAAGAAAGGGUUCCAGAUGCAGAGAGAAUUCAAUUCACCGUGAUAGGUGAUAGAGUAACUAAAGAAUUUAUCUAUUGCGUGAACCUGGUCAAAGGUUUACACAAGUACAGAUGGAAAAAGUUUGAUGUCCCAGCUAUUAGAGGUGUAAACACUGUAGAAUGGGAAGACGUAUGGAGAAGUUUAAAACUCCAACAUGGAGGACUAGCUCACUGCCUAAAAUCGAGGGUAGCAGUUCUUAUUGGCGACAAAUUCCUUGGUGGUGAGGAGGAACUGAAGGAGUUGAUCGAGUCUAAAUACAUUUAUCACUUGAUUCUCGAUUAUUGUAGUGAAGCUGUAGCAAACUUUGCCAGUUACAUACGGUGCUCUGGGAGAUCGUGUGCUUAUAUGCACAUAGCGAUAAAUGAAGAACACAUUGGGACGUUAGUGUUUAUGCUAUAUUCGGAUAUAGUGCCAUACACCAGCGAGAAUUUUCUUCGUCUCUGCAAAGAUACCAGGGGCGGGUACAGCGGCACACCCAUACACCGCAUCGUGAAAGACGGGUGGAUCCAAGGCGGUGGGUUUAACUUGAAGAACACCGAUCUUGAGUGCGAGAACUUCAUCGUACCGCAUGAUAGACGUGGAGUACUCUGCAUGGCUAAUGAUGGAAGACAUAUGGACUGCUCAACACAAUUCUUCGUUAUUUUACAACCGGCGCCAUGGAUGGCCUACAGAUACGUGGCGUUCGGCCAACUUAUUGAGGGAGAUGAAACUCUAAAAAAGAUUGAAGCCGUGCCCACCUGGUACGAAUCCCCAAAGGAGGAAAUCAUAAUUUACAAAGCUGGCAUCUUUAACAUGGAAUGCCAGGAUAUCAUGAUAAAUAAAGGCGCAAAUGAAUACAUCGAUGGACACAUUGAAGACUUAAAUGCACUGGGUGAACUACUUAUAGAGAAUCUUAUAGAAAGAGUUUACCUGGAAAUUGAAUUGAAAAUGGUUGAACGUCUCACAAAAGAACUUUUGGGUGAAGGGGAGGAGGAGAAAGAGGGUGAAGCAGGAAAUUUAAGAGCCACAAAACGGUUCAUGCGCAAAAAGGAAGAAAUCGAAAAACAACUUCAAAGUCAGGCCAAGAUGCCAAGUCAAGUGAAGACUCAACAGAGCCAAAUUAGGGGCCAACCUGCUCAAAGCGCUAAGAGCAUGCAGAGUCAAUCCAUGAAAAGUCAGGUGAUGAGUGAUGAGAACAACGAGUUUGACGUGGAGGAAUACGAGCCUGAAGAAACGACUUACAAGCACCUGUCGAUAGCAGCCACUCUCAGCCUGAUAGUCAAACCGCAAAGGCCUUUUUACAUCCCGUUGACCGAUGUACCGUAUCCCGGCGACGUUGAUUCUACUUAUGAUUUGAAAAAAUUCCUACAAGGUCACUAUUGUCUGGAAAGCGAUUUAGUUACGGAUGCUGCCAUAAAGACACCCACACAAAUGAAGAUUUCGUUCCCGUCCGAAAUAUUAUUCGACUUCCAAUUUGAUAAUGAGAGUGAAUCGGAGUCAUCACAAUCCUUAGAGUCGGACGACGAGAAAGAAAUAAGACAGUAUCUAAAGAACAACGUAGACCGAGUGAGCUUUGCGGGUGGAGUGAUUAAAACGAUAGCAAGAGGAGCUGGAAAGUUGAACUUGUUCGAAAACGCUAGAAAGUCGGAACUAAUAACUGAUGAUGAGUUGAGGCGACUCAGAUUAGCGUCUAUAGAUUAUAGACAAAGAGAAGCUUCACACGACAAAAAAGUUUCUAUUAGUAUACCAUUUGCCGAUAAAGAAGUACACACAAAGAUUAAAAGAAGACAGACUGGAUUCGUUCGCCCAGAAGAUCUAGAGAAAAUACAUAUUUUCAAAACUGAACAGGGCAUGGAAGAGGAAGAUAUUGACACGCCUCGUAAAGUCCGAAUCGCGCCAUCAGCCAUGGCCACCACGGCACCCCCGCGCCCGCUGCGACGUCCUACGGGCUUCGUGCGUCCCACCGACAUCAUCGACUCCGACACCGACAUGGUUCGGCAGUCGGUGCUGCAGCGGUUGUACGAUGACGUCACUUAUGACGACGACCAGGGACCAACGUUGAAGGAUUACAAACCAUUCUCGGAGACACACCAGAAGAGCAUUCUUCUAACUUUCUCACCCAAUUCUCGAAUAAGAAGUGAAGAAGACACGCGAGAUAAGUACUUGCGCCACUCCAUCCAAGUUGAUCGAGACGAGGUGUCUUACGAACAAGUGCUCAACCUCCAACACGGCAAGAAAGUCGCGAGGAAAAUCUCGUCUGACUACGUCAAAACUAUAGACCAGAUAGAACACAAAACUGAGGUCUCCUUGCGGAGCAUAGAGUUCGCCAAAUCCAGACCAGCGUUGUCUGUGGCUGAAUACCAACUCAAAAACCAAAAAUACCAAGAGGAAUUGAGAAUGUCGAAAGUGAUUUCAAAAUUGCAAAUGAAAAGCACCACAUCACACACCGGAAAGAAAAAACAUACAGGUCUUAGACUGCCCGGUGAUACGCCACUUUAUUCAUUUUGCGACGGACUUGAUUUGUCUCACAUCCAAAUGAUGAAAUAAAAUGAAGAAUUUUUAGAGUAAAAUUUUGAUUUUUCUAAAUUUUAACAUACCUACAAUUUGUAAUUCUGAUAUAUUUUUCUUAAUAAAUUUUAAUCCUUAUCAAUA